GAGAGAAAAGCUCUCACCACCAUCCGGAAGGCUCUGAACGAUCCUUCCAAUCUUCUCUCUUCUUGGGAUGAUGCCUCUGACUGCUGCAAAUGGAGAGGAAUUACCUGCCACAACAUAACUGGGAUUCAGGGGGAGAAUCCCUCAUCAGCUUGGAAACCUCUCUAAACUCAUUUCCCUGGACCUUUCUUAUUCUUCUUUGAGUGCCAAAAACCUUUGGUGGUUGACAAGCCUACCUUCUCUCAAUUACCUAGACAUGUCUUAUGUGAACCUUUCCAUGGCAAGCCAUGAUUGGGUGCACGUAAUGAACAACUCUCCUUCCCUCGUUGAGCUACACUUGCCAUAUUGUGGUCUUUCAUAUAUUUCUCCAACUCUUCCUACUGUUAAUUUCACAUCUCUCCGUGUCCUUCAUCUCCGUUUUAACAACUUCAACUCUACCAUACCAAACUGGAUAGCUAAUAUUAGUAGCCUUGUGUCUUUAAGUCUCUCAGAUAACAAGUUUCAAGGUCAGAUACCUUAUCAAUUUUCACAACUUCCUAACUUGGAAGUGUUGUCGUUGGGAUCAAAUAAGGAUAACCUUAGGGUUGGUUGGUCAAAGUUCCUUGAAGGCAACUGGAGGAAGCUGAAGAAGCUUGAUCUAUCUUUCAGUCAGCUGCAUGGAGGAAUCCCCAAGUCCGUUUCAAAUAUGACAUCACUGGAAUCUCUCUUUUUGUCAUUCGGUGAGAAUAUAACAGGUAGCAUUCCAAGAGCCAUAACUAAGCUAAUCAAUUUAGGGAGGCUGUCUUUGGAAGGAUACCAUAUGCAUGCGGCCGUUCCCGAUUGGUUAUAUGAGCUGAAAAAUCUUAAACACCUUUCUCUCUACGAUUGCAUGCUGACAGGCCCAAUCCCUGCAGCUCUUCUUCGAGGAUUGUCUUCCUUAGAAGAAUUAAAUCUCUCAGAAAAUCAGUUGAAUGGGAAUAUCCCUGAAGCUCUUGGAGGAUUAUCUUCCUUAAAAGAAUUAUCUCUCUCAGGGAAUCAGUUGAAUGGAACAAUCCCAACAACUUUAGGACAACUUUCUAACUUGUCUUGGCUUGACCUCUCUUACAACUCCUUGACAGGAAACGUGUCUGAAAGUCAUUUUGAAAACCUCAAAAAGUUGAAGGUCUUAAUUUUGUCUUCCAAUUCUUUGGUUUUUCAACCACAACCUGAUUGGGCCCCUGCAUUUCAGCUUUCCUUUGCUCUCCUAGGAUCAUGUCAUUUAGGUCCUCGAUUUCCUCUCUGGCUACGAACACAAAAAUAUGUACAGAGUUUGGAUCUCUCUAGCACAACCAUCUCUGGCGUCAUCCCCACCUGGUUUUGGGAUUUAGCACCCCAACUUCUUAACCUGAACCUUUCAAAAAACCAGAUUUUUGGCCAAUUGCCCAACCCAUUAAAAAUGAAUCCUGAGGUCUGCUGCAUUGAUUUGAGUUCGAAUCAUUUCAAUGGUCCCAUACCUUCCAUAUUGAAUGGAGCCAUAGUACUUGAUCUAUCGAACAAUCAAUUUUCUGGGCCAAUCCCACCAAAUUUUACAUCAACAAUGCAGUAUUUAGAAUACUUUUCUGCCAAAGGUAACGAAAUCAGUGGUACGAUUCCCUCAUUCAUAGAAGGAAUGAAUUCCUUUACUGUACUUGACCUUUCCCUAAACAAUAUUGGUGGUAGCAUUCCAUUGAGUUUGGGUAAUUGCGUAUCACUUGAGGCACUUGAUUUGAGCAAGAACAGGUUAUCAGGAGAAAUACCCAGGUCUUUGGGUCUGUUAAGUCAACUCCGAACAAUGCACCUGAGCAACAAUACUCUAUCAGGAAAAAUCCCUUUGUCUUUGAAGAAAUGUGCUAGUUUGGAGACUCUUGACCUCAGAGACAACAAUUUCUCAGGUUAUAUUCCCACUUGGAUUGGUGAAAGCUUUCCAGCUUUAAGAAUUCUGAGUUUCCGAUCCAAUAUGUUUUCUGGCAACAUCCCACCACAAUUAUCAAAACUAACUUCUCUUCAAGUCCUUGAUGUGGGACAAAAUUGUUUAUCUGGUUUAAUUCCUCAAAGUUUUGAAAAUCUCAUCGCAAUGAAGAAUGAGCAGAAGACAAAUCGCCUUCUUUCCUAUGGAAAUUCAAGAUUAUAUUAUAACGAAAACAUGCUUGUGUCAAUGAAGGGGCAAAUGCGUGAAUAUACUAGAACAAUUUCACUGGUUACAUGUAUGGACUUUUCCAGCAAUAACUUAUCUGGAGAGAUCCCUCAAGGACUCACGAGUCUUUUGGGAUUGCGUGUCUUAAACUUAUCUGGAAACCAGUUGACCGGAAAGAUCCCAGACAAGAUUGGUAAAUUGGCAUUGCUAGAGUCUCUUGAUUUCUCUAAAAAUCAGCUUUCGAGUUCAAUUCCUCUGAGCAUGUCAAAUUUAACUUUUCUAAGUCACUUGAACUUGUCGUAUAACAACUUGUCUGGAAGAAUUCCAACGGGAAAUCAGCUCCAGACACUUGAAGAUCCAUCUAUUUAUAUCGGCAACAAUAAACUCUGUGGACCUCCUCUUACAGAAAAGUGUGGUAGCGAUGAGACAUCUCAAGGUCCAAUGCCUGUCAGUGGUGAUGUAGAAAAAGAUGAGGAAGAGAAUGAAAUCCGUUGGUUUUACUCUGCGCUGGGUCCAGGAUUUGCGGUUGGGUUUUGGGCAUUCUGUGGUAUUUUAAUGCUAAAAAAGUCUUGGAGAACUGCCUAUCAUCGCUUCUUUGAUGAGAUGAAAGAUAGACUUUUUAAGUGAUUGUAGUUUUACAGGAUGUUACAUUGAUGAAGUCUAAUGGAAAUCAUGUGUAAUGAAUAAUUGUUGUAACGCAGAUCUCUUCUCAGUGUUUAUUUAUUUAUUUUUAUUUUAUUUUAUUUUUUUAAUUUUAAGAGAGUUGUAAUAGGAAGCUUAGUGACGAUAAUAUGGGGAGAUAAUUGAUCAGUAUUGCAACCUUUAAUGUAUGUAAUAGUUUAAGUAUUAAUAAAAUUACAGGUGAUGUGUUCUUA